GAUUUUGAUGAAUGCUCUCCAAACCCUUGUGUUAAUGGGGCAACAUGCACAGACGGAUUAAAUGACUAUAGCUGCACAUGUGUAGUCGGAUACCGGGGCAAAAACUGCAACAUCGGUAAGUCUGCUUAUCGGAGCAGCUUUGGAGCUACAAAAAGUAUUUGACAAGAGGGCAGUUUAAUUUACUCAUAGCAGUCUAGAGUCUGCUUUUAUUAUUUCUCCAUGCUGAUAAUUUGAGCUUUGAAAGUGUUGGACGGACUUAACACGGUUUGAAAUUCUUGCGCAUGGCAUAACGUAAGUUACUAUCAAACGUUUUUGGGCGCCUACUCAUUCACAUCAGGAAACCAGAAUUUGCGCCAUUCCGUUUAAGAAGCAUUAAAAAAUCAUAUGAAAUCUAGUUUGAAGUGUUUUCUUUCUUAUCUUUAUUUGGUUUUGUCUCUUUAGCCUAUUGGUAACAUUUUCUAUUGGUUUUUUCUGCCACAAAACCUAAUUUAUUCGCUCAAUAAAUGUUCAAGCUCCAAGACAGUAAUGUGCAGAUAUCAUGAAAACUGAUGAGAAAACGCGCGGAGCUGGAAAGCUAGUACGUGGAUCAGGCGGGUCCUAUUUUCCAUUGACCGUGUUUUCGAGGCGUCCCCACUAUCGUAGAGCCUAGCACAGGCUACAGUGCCUAUUAAAAUAUAAUAUAUAUUGACGCACUAGAUUGGAUGGUGGAAGGCUUUUACUACGCAAAUAACUAAGUGAAAAUAUUACCUACACUGAUUACUUACUCAUUCACUGUAACUGACUUUGAUUUUACAGAAUGUGAUGUGAAUGACGGAUGGGUGAUGUUCAACAGUUAUUGUUACAAAUAUAUUGCGAUCAUAAAAACCUGGCAAGACGCCAAAACGUAUUGCAGUAGCUUGAAUUCAAAGUUGCUGACCAUUCACUCACAAGCAGACAAUGACUUUGCACACUCACUCAUCCCUGAGGACGGAAAAAGCAUAUGGGUAGGCGCAAAUGACUUAGCCGUGGAUGGCGUCUGGGUGUGGGAGGACGGAAUAGCUUGGGGAAGUUACACAGGGUGGGCAACCGAUAGCUCAGAACCUAAUGGAGGCAGCUCUGAGAAUUGUGUAAUGAUGUACAAAUCUGGGAAACCUGGCCUCUGGAAUGAUGCAAGUUGCAGCGCCAUGCUUCAUUUUGUUUGUAAAAAGUAAAGCCAAUUUCAAGCUUAGGAAGCGACCAGCAGUGUAUAGCAAUGUACAAAAGUUGGAACCCUGGCCAAUGGAACGACGUACCUUGUACUGGCACAAAUGAUUUUGUUUGUAAGAAGUAA